UCAUCUGUGAGAGGAGCGCGCAACGCAAUAACUCCCAAGAAGAGGCGCACAUAAGCUCGUCUGUGUGUCGAAGUACUAACCUGCCACUAAAAUCUGGGAAAUUGAGCAUAAGGUUCACACCGUCCUCUCUGGAUGGAGGGCACAGGCGGCAGCUGGACAGCCGAGCACCGCGCCGCGUACGUGGAGCGCGACGACGGCGGGAACGACACGGCUCCGGUGUUUGAGGUGGUGCUGCAGAACAGCUCCUCCACGCGCAUCCCUCAGUUUGCUGGUGUGGAGCUACUUCAGUCAUUCAAGCUGCUUAUAAUACCCUGCUACACCCUGGUGGCCAUCGUAGGCAUCUUUGGCAAUUACCUCCUCCUCUAUGUGAUAUGCCGCACCCGCAAGAUGCACAACGUCACCAACUUCUUCAUUGGUAAUCUGGCUUUCUCUGACAUGCUGAUGUGCGCCACGUGCGUCCCCUUCACUCUGGCCUACGCUUUCAACCCUCAUGGCUGGGUGUUCGGCCGAUUCAUGUGCUACCUGGUGUACCUCAUCCAGCCGGUGACGGUUUACGUGUCGGUGUUCACGCUCACUGCCAUCGGCGUGGACAGAUAUUAUGCCACCGUUCACCCGCUGAAGAAGCGAAUCUCAGUGUUGGCGUGCACCUACCUUCUGUCUGGGAUCUGGCUGCUGUCCUGCGGCCUGGUGGCUCCUGCUGUGGCUCACACCUACCACGUGGAGUUCAAAAACGAGGGCUUCACCAUCUGCGAGGAAUUCUGGAUGGGUCAGGAGAGAGAGCGGCUGGCUUACGCCUACAGCACUCUCCUCAUUACUUACGUCCUGCCUCUGUCGGCGCUCUGCAUCUCCUACCUGUGCAUCUCAGUCAAGCUGAGGAACUGCGUCGUGCCGGGCCACCACACCGAGAGCCAGGCGGAGGCUCAGCGCCUGCGCAAGCGCAAGACGUUUCGCCUUGUGAGUCUCGUGGUUGCAGCUUUUGGCAUCUGCUGGAUGCCCAUUAGCGUGUUCAACGUCCUGCGUGACAUUGACAUUGAUCUUAUUGAUAAGCACUACUUUCUGCUCAUUCAGCUGCUCUGCCAUCUGUGCGCAAUGAGCUCGUCUUGUUGUAACCCUUUCCUGUACGCAAGGCUGCACGACCGCUUUCGCGCCGAGCUCCGCAAAAUGUUCACAUGCCGCCGCCGGAUUGGCAUCUCUGCCAACAACUGCGCCACAGCCAGCGUGGUUUUGUGAAGUUCCUCUGCUUUGUGCCACAGUCGAGUGGAGUCAUCUCAUUCUGAUAGCUGUCUGAUACCGUCAAGGUAGAUCUGUUCAAGUGCAGAGGAGAUCCUGUCAACCAGAUCUCACUUUGUCUUUAAAAAAAAUAAAUAAACAGCCCCUUGUUCUACACUUUGCUUUGCACAACAAGGCGAUUUUUUUUUUACUACCGAGAAACAAAUGAUUGCUUCCUGGAGGCGUGGACUGUGUUGAGAUUUUAAAUUUCACCCAGCCGCUAACAUUUGGCCAUGACGUAUCUGAAGCUUAUUGGAAACCGCCUGAAGUGCCGAGCAGGAUGAAGCUGCUGUGACCAACAUGGACUAAACGGCUGCGUUCAAGUCCUCCGUUGCUAAAACUGCAGGCAGACUACGAUUCUAAAACAGGACAGAAAAUCUACAUCAUAUUCAACUACUUCUCCUUCCGUUUGCUGAUUGGCCAGGAUGAAUUUCAACCAGAGAAAUCAAGAUCAAUGGAAGAAAGCCCAGACAGAGCACUGAAGGGAGAUUAGAAUCUAACAUAAUUGCGUAGAAAGGCAAUGGCCAGGCUAACUCCAAACUCAAUGUAGCCAUGUAGUAUAAAAAUGUAAAGUCUCCCAUUUUGUCAAGUGUUGUUUACUUAACACUGAACUGAAAAUAAAAUCAAUUAAAUGUAUAUUGUUGGGAUGUCAAAUUUGAUUUCUUUCUUUUUUUAUUUCUUUAUUUUAACAUGUGAAACAAAUAGGCGUGUAUAGUUUAAGCCUCAGUUUCUGUUAACGUUCAUAAUUAUGGCUCACAGCUUUAAUCCAAACCUGAACUUCAGUCUCCCCAGACAAUUCUUACUGGUAUGCUUUGUCCUACAUGAUCAUGGAGGGAAAUUGAUGACUUACAGAUUAUCUGGAAGACAGUCUCCACAAGGAGCGUAAGCCACAAAAGGUCAUUUCUAAAAAUAGUUGGCUGUUCAGCGACUGCUUAAUCAAGCAAACUAUUGGAAAGUUGAUUGGAAGGAAAAAGUACAGUGAAAAACAAUGCUUGAGCAAAAGAGUUAACAACAACCUUGAAAGGAUUGCAAAGCUGAGUCCAUUCAAGAGUUUGGUGGAAAUUCACAAGACAUGGAAUGUGGGUGGAAUCAGAGCUUCAAUAGCCACCAAACACAGGCGUAUCCAUCUGUGACAUUCCUUGUGUUAGGCCACCUGUAAAACCAGGCACAAUGUAAGAAGAGCUGCUCCUGAGCAAAAAGUUUUUCUACAUGGUUUAACUGAUGUAGAUAUUUUUAUUAAAACAUUUUACUGGCCAUUUAAA